CAUAAGUGCCUUGGAAGCGAAGUUGUCCUAUUUCCCUCUUCUUUUCGCUUUCUCGGUAGAAAGAGGAAGUAACCGUUGAUCAGUUUGAACAUUUGCUGCAGGAGAGAGAGAGUUUCUUGUUUUCUUUUGUCGCUGCCAACCCAGCCAGAGAGAGAGGGAGAGAGAGAGAAAAGGGGUUUGAUUUAGUUUCUCCUCUCGUUGAUAGCGAGAGUCGCAUAUAAUGAGAUGAAAGAUACUUGAUUGUAAAUGGGGGGGACGGUUGAGAGGCCGCUGUCAGGUUGGUGAGGGGAUUCCUUCCCUACGUUUUUAUCUCUUUCGGAGGAAGUGAGGGAGAGGUGGUCGUUUCUUUCUUUUGUUUCGAUUUGGGUUGGACGAGAGGAGUUCUCCUGCUAUCUGCGUCAUCACCAUCGCCUCCUAUUUGCUUCGAUCCAGCCAUCCAACCAUCCAAAAAUCCAAUUUGGCGAGUUCAGCUGCAGCACCAGCAGCUGAUUUGUGUCCGCCUGCCUGCCUCUCUUCUUCUUUCUUGGAUUUGGGGCGCCACUCCACCUAACCCAUCCAUAUUUACCCAACCUCCUCCUCCUCCUCGAAGGUGCUUGUUGAAUUGUCUUACCGUCCUCAUCGGCAAGCAUCGGCAUAUGGUGAGGGGAUGUCGCCGAAUGCUGGAGCUCGAGCCCCAAUAAACAAAAAGGAAAAGGGGAAAGAGAAAUGAUUGAUGCUUGAGAUCAACUCUAGCGAACGAGGCGGAUUUCUGUUCGGCCGAAUACGACUCCUACGUGCACUCGUUGGAAGCGUAGAUUUUAAUGCCUCUCUGACAGAGGGUCUGGAUGAAGUCGAUGGAAUUACAAUCAAGAGUUGCCUUGGCUUCUAUUAGUUGGCUUCUCUUAAUUCAAUUUACAUCCUGUGAGGACACCAGAGAUCAGCCAGAUACAGUAAAGUGGACUUGUGUAUGUGCUGCUGGUCCUAUAGCUGCUUCAAAUUAUACUCCUGCAUCUAAUUGUUCGGAAUCCUGUGGAUGCACUCCUGGAGGUUCAGAUAGAAGUACAUGGAAUUGCUCAUGUGCAAUACUAGGUCCUCAGGUCCCUGGAAACAUCCAUGAUACUACUUGUUUUACCACCUGCAACUGCACCUCAGAUCCCACAGGAACAUCUGUGGCAGCAAAGAAGCACCUAUCUAACAGAGGUGUUUUAGUCAUCUUGCUUCUCUGUGUUGUACUUGCAACCAUAGUAUUGUUAGCUGUGGCUGCAUAUUGUUUCUAUUACAAGGAUAGACUUUCCAUGCGACAAGUGCAAAUUUCAUCUGAGAAAGACUCGAGUUGGAACAGUACAAUAAACUUGAUAAGUCAUCGAUCUGCUUCGUUUCCACAGCAACGAAACAAGAUCGGUCUUUUUCUCAAGCCUAUCUCAGGAGUCAUACAAAAAUUGACUUACAUAUUUGGAAGUGGAACUGGAAUUUUACCUGGUGUAAUUGUCCAAUUUUCCUAUGUUGAACUGGAGCAAGCAACCAAUAGAUUCUCAGAUAACAAUCUAAUAGGGGUUGGAGGGAGCAGCAAUGUCUACUGUGGUCAGCUUAAGGAUGGAAGAAUUGUUGCUAUAAAAAAAUUAAGACCGCUAGGAGGUUCAGAAGCUGAUUCUGAAUUUCUAUAUGAGAUUGAACUGAUAUCAAGGCUUAACCAUUGUCAUGUGGUGCCUUUGCUUGGAUACUGCAUUGAAACCCAGGGAAGGCAACUGGAAAGGCUCCUGGUAUUUGAAUAUAUGCCUAAUGGAAAUUUGAGAGAUUGUUUGGAUGCAAGAGGGGGAAAGGAACCAAUGGAUUGGGAAACACGUGUACGAAUUGCAUUGGGAGCUGCAAAGGGCCUAGAAUACCUUCAUGAAGCAGCUGCUCCCAGGAUUCUGCAUCGAGACAUCAAGUCCACCAACAUUCUUUUAGACGACAAUUAUAGAGCUAAGAUAACUGAUCUUGGUAUGGCCAAACAUCUCAUGACUGAUGAUCUCACUAGUUGUUCCAGUUCACCAGCAAGAAUGCUGGGGACAUUUGGAUAUUUUGCACCAGAAUAUGCUAUUGUGGGAAGGGCAUCACGAAAAUCAGAUGUCUUUAGUUUUGGAGUGGUUAUUCUCGAGUUGAUCACCGGUCGGAAACCCAUCUUCAAGUCUUCAAAUAAAGAAGAGGACAGCCUCGUGAUAUGGGCAACAAGUCGACUGCAAAAUAGCAAGCUUGUUGUGUCAGAACUACCAGACCUACUUCUGAAAGGGAAGUUCCCAGAAGAAGAGAUGCAAAUAAUGGGUCACUUAGCCAGAGAGUGUCUCCAGUGGGAUCCAGAUUUAAGACCCACCAUGAGCGAAAUUGUUCAGAUCCUCCUAACGAUUGCUCCCGACAAGUCUAGAAGGAGAUACAUACCAACAGGCAAUACACUUCUCUGGAGUUCAUACUCUCACAGCAUUCGCGGCACCAGCGGAAGUCAAACUCCAGAAGUUGCAGUUGAAAGGAAGGAUCCAAAUCGAGCAGUCUCCGGGAGAUGCCAUAAUCCAUGUUCAUUGCCAAUGCCAGUUGAAAGAGACUCCUGCGGUGACCACCAAGCGAAACCGGAGCCGGCUGUAUCAGCUGAGCACAUGGAGAGGCUGAUCCUGCUGACAUCAAAUGGUCGGAGUUGGCGCUCAUCGGACGAUGAGACAGUGGACCUGACGGAGCCCCGUCUGGAAUCCUUCAUGCAGGCAUAUAUGUCAUCCCUCUAAGUAGAUGGUUGGUAUCGUUCAUAUAGAUAUGACUCGAGAAGAUGUCGCAAUUCUGUGCAGACCACAAACACAAUAGAGGCGAUCAUAAGGAAGACAGAAGAAGUACAGCACCUACACUGCAGUGGGUAUGGAGAGUCUCCUGAGUUCUCCCGCCCGUAGAACCUGGCAAGAAACCAUGCCGACUUUUUGUUAUCUUUUUAUUGGACAACCGACGAUGUUGAUAAGUAGGAAUGAAUUGUUUUGUUUUCUCCUCUUGA